UCGACCUUUGCUCCACGUGCAGUUGAAGAGAAGGUGUGUGUUGAUCAAGUAUUUUUUAAAAGGAGAAGCUAUGGCUAGCAGAGGAAUAGAGACGUCACAGAGGAAAGCACUGCUGGGAGAUGACGAUGCCACUAUGGUGUUUGAAACGAGCAAGGAUGUCAAUGUUGUCUCAACGUUUGAUGCGAUGAAUAUUCGCGAGGACUUAUUGAGAGGCAUCUAUGCUUAUGGCUUUGAGAAGCCAUCGGCCAUCCAACAACGAGCCAUCCUCCCGAUAAUCACAGGGAGAGAUGUCAUUGCACAGGCGCAGUCUGGUACUGGCAAGACGGCUACUUUCUCCAUUGCUGCCCUACAAAAGCUUGAUAUUCAGACGAGGGAAACGCAGGUCCUUGUCCUCUCCCCCACGAGGGAGCUGGCCUUGCAGAUACAGAAGGUGGUCCUGGCUCUGGGGGACUACAUGAGUGUGCAGUGUCAUAGUUGCAUUGGAGGAACCAACGUGGGAGAGGACAUCAGGAAGCUGGACUAUGGACAGCACAUUGUGUCAGGGACUCCAGGACGUGUGUUUGAUAUGCUCCAGCGACAAAACCUCAGGACAAGGAACAUGAAGAUGCUGAUUCUGGAUGAGGCUGAUGAGAUGCUCAACAAAGGCUUCAAGGAACAGAUCUAUGAAGUGUAUCGUCACCUCCCCCCGUCCACACAGGUGGUCCUGGUCAGUGCUACUCUACCACACGAGAUUCUGGAGAUGACAAAGAAGUUCAUGACUGAACCCAUCAGGAUCCUAGUCAAGCGUGAUGAGUUGACACUGGAGGGAAUCAAGCAGUUCUUUGUGGCGGUAGAGAAAGAGGAGUGGAAGUUUGACACACUCUGUGAUCUCUACGAUACACUCACCAUCACCCAGGCCGUGAUAUUCUGUAACACUAAGCGGAAGGUUGAGUGGUUGACUGAGAAGAUGAGAGAGGCUAACUUCACUGUGUCCUCGAUGCAUGGAGACAUGCCACAGAAAGAGAGGGAGGCCAUCAUGAAAGAGUUCAGGGCUGGGGAGAGUCGAGUUCUAAUCACUACUGAUGUUUGGGCGAGAGGUAUCGAUGUGCAACAAGUGUCUCUUGUCAUUAACUACGAUCUCCCUAACAACCGAGAGCUCUACAUUCAUAGGAUUGGACGCUCUGGUCGCUAUGGGAGACGAGGGGUGGCCAUCAACUUUGUAAAGAAUGAUGAUAUUCGUAUUCUGCGUGAUAUUGAGCAGUACUACAGUACACAGAUCGAUGAGAUGCCCAUGAACAUUAACGAGCUUAUCUGAACAGCCCCUCCUACUAUACUGCACAUGACUGGAACUGUCCUUUAGUUAUGUAACUUAUUUCUUAUCACGUGCAUGGCUGAGAGUGUCACGAGUCUGUUGCCUUGUUAUUACCUACUACUACAUGCAUCUUUAUACUUUCCCGUUGAAUAUGAAUACGAAUAAUUAUAUAUGCUCUGUCAAAAACAAAUGCCAUGAACACACAAACAGAAUGAUAUAAACUAUAAUACAGCUAUUAAACUAACUAACUGAUGUGUUCCAGUGUCCCUUGCUUGAUGAGGUGUUCACACUGAGAUCGAAGGAGAUAGUGUUGACUCCCCACUCUCAGUUGUAUGAUCGUCCCAUCCUCUGUCUCAAAUUCUCCAUAGUCAGUCAGACAUCGGACCUCUAUAUACGAGCUCUUUGGUGGUUGCAUGUACUGCGUGAGAUCAAGUCCUUUGAUCUUCCUCAUGUAGUUGGCCAAUGAACGAUUGUAACGGUUGAACCACUGCACCUCUUGUUCACACAGACAUAGCUUAAACUCUGGAGGCAGCACACUUCCCACCUCCCAGCGAUAGUCCCGUAUCUUGGUCAUCCUAUUAUAGACGUACGCCAAGAGACAUCUGUGAUUUCUCUCAAGGCAAGCAUGUCGUAGUUGUAUACCAGAGACAAGACCUUGCUCACCAUCCGUGGUGGCUCGCACUUCCAACUGGUUCUGUUCAAACAGCGCCUGCAUCUCCUCAAUGAUCUGUCUAAUGGUGUCCUCAUUGUAAGGUGGCAGCGUUCCUUCUCUGCAUCGUCGCAACUCGCGCAGCAACUCCAGGGCCUUCUCUCCAAACAUGUUUGUUGGUGGGCUACAAUUAGAGUCAUUAGUAGGUGUGUCUAGUUUUGUAUGUUUUAUGGUAUUUGUAGCUUCUUUGCUCUCUGAAGGAUUACUGCCUCACAAGAAAGGCUGAGGGAACUACCAGUACCAGUUUACAGUAUUACCAGAUCCCAAGACCUGUGUGGAAAGUCAAAACAAUAAAGAGACAAGGCUAUGGACCCAAAGGCUCCCACCACCAGCCCACCUCAAG